AUGUCCUUCCAGCUACACUGCUCGUUCUGUAAUAUCACUAUCCCCGAAGCUCAUGGCGUCCAUCACCUCAACGGCCAGGAGCACGCGGCCAACGCCUCACAUGCGGUCACUCGCACUCACAAGAUCUCUCGCGCGAGCCGGGCGCUCGGCGUCCCUAUGCUCAGAGUCUACUCGUACCGGGAGUACACAAACUUCCUGCCUCUUUACGUUUGGAAAGAGGCCGAGGUCGAAAAAGCACUGAGCUCGCUCAUGGCUUACAGAAUGGGUGGUCCCCUCGGCUUUGAUCUUGAAUGGGAGUCUGAAGGAGGCGUGCCGCGCCGUGUGGCGUUGGUUCAACUCAGCACCGUACACGUCGUUGUGCUGAUUCAAGUCUCAGCCAUGCGAGUCUUUCCGGCACGGUUACUAGAGAUUCUUGGCAAUCCACACAUCCUCAAACUCGGGGUAGGCGUGCUCGACGAUGCCAAACGCCUCUAUCAAGACUACGGCGUCUGCUCUAAUAACCUCAUUGAUCUCUGCCACUACGCCCGAUCCACCGAUCCGGACUUUCUCGCCCGUAACGGCAAGCGUCAAGUUGGACUCGCUGAGAUCGUCGCGCGGUACUUGUAUCGUGCGCUGGAGAAGGGUCCGGUGAGGAUGAGUCACUGGGAGGAUAGGUUGAGUUUCGAGCAGGCUGAAUACGCGGCGAACGACGCGCACUCCGCCGUCCAAGCCUUCCAUGCGAUGCAAGCUCGCUUGAACUACCAAACGAUCAAAAGCCUCAACGCGACUAACUUCACGUACAACUGGGAUAGUGCCCGUCCCGCGAGCGCAAAGAAGGCGGCGUCGGUGCCUGUCAUGCGGUCCGGUGUGCUUGUGGCGGCGGCUACGGCUUGGACUUGCUAUUCGUGCGGUGUCACUAUGGCGCUCGAGUCAAAGAACGAGCAUCUGGUCGGACCUGAUCACCUUGCACAUCUUGUCCGGAAGGGGAUGUCACUGUGA